AUGUCCGGAGUCGACUCCACAGAGCCGCCUCACUCAUUCGAGGAUUCGUUUGAACGAUUGAAAGCCGCCCACGUGAGUCUUCAAGAAGACUACGUGAGGCUCCAAAAGGACUUGAAGAACACCUUGCAGUCUCUUCAAGACGUCCGGUCUAAUCAUGUCAACAUACUGCAAAAAGCCGACAGGAUUAUUUCAGAAAAGGACGCCACAAUUAAACAGCUCCGUGUAAAGUUAAGUUCUGUAUGCGAGGAUGAUCUGCGGAAGAAAAUUGAAGAGGAGUUGCGUGACAAUUUCGCAGACUACACAAAGCAGCUUCAAAUAAACCAUGAAAAAUGCAAAGUCAGCCUGCACGAAGCGAAUGUUCAGCUCACAGACAUGAAAUCUAUGUUACAAAGUGCAGAAAAAAGCCACCAGAGAGCUGUCCAGGAGUUGAAUCUCAAGCACAGGGCCGAGGUGAACCGACUCCAAGUGGAGGUUCAAAGUUUAAAGGCUGAGAAGACCGCGGAUGGUGGGGAAGAUGUUCUGAUGCAGCUUCUAGAUGUGCAGAAAGAGAAUGCAGACUUGCGAGGCAGACUGAAGAGUGUUUCCCUUGAAUUAAAGGAACUGACAAAUGAAAAACAUGAUCUUGCUCUGGAGAAACAAGCAGCACUGCAGAAACAUACCGAAGAGCUUGCGCUCGCCGAGGAGUCCAACAGAAUUAUAGAAACAAAGCUCAAAGGUGCCCUGUCACAAAGAGAGGCACUGGAGGAGACGCUGGCCAGGUAUCGACAAGAGAUAAACCAACUUUCGCAGCAACUCGUAUCUUCCGAAGAAGAGAAGCUCAGCCUAAGAAACAAGAUCUCCCUGGCCGAACAUAAACAUAAGGCUGAAAUUUUACAGCUGCGGACAGACGCUAUCCACCAAAGGGCCGAGCUUGAAGCCAAAUACGAGAAAGCUCUUUUGGAGCUUGCAAGUGCCAAAGCAGAUGCUGAGGUAGCCAUUAAAGGCACCACCGAUCAGAAACAGCUGUUGGUCGAAAAAGAGAAGGAGCUGGAAAAAAAGCACCAUGCCACAAGGGCCAAGGACUGGGAUCGCGCGAGAAGGCUUGAAUCUGAAAAGAUCCUUCUGGAAGCUAAGCUCAAGGAAAUCACCACUGCCAAAGCAGCCGCAGCUGAAAGGCUCGCUGAAAGUGAAAAGCAGAUCAAGCGUUUAAAGCAAGCACAGGACAGCCAAAGGCAGGAAUUUGAGGAAGAGGUGCUCACACUGAAGGCCAAGCUUAAGGCAGUGUCAAGUGCGAGAGAAGAUACAAACAAGGUUGCUGCUGACAACCAAGUUCUGCAAAGACGUCUAGCUCUGGCUGAAGAGGAACUUGGCAAAAGUCAUGCGGCACUCAAGGACAUGCAGGAGCAGAAGGAAGUGCUCUCAAGAAAAAUUGAGGCUUUGCAACUAGAACUGCAGGCUGCUCAGGUCAAUACUAUUAAACUCUCGGAGCAAAGCGACAGGACUGGUAUGCAGAUGAAGUUAGCCUGGGAGCAAGAGAAAUACGACUUUGUGAAGAGAAUAGAGGAGCUUGAAGCCGAGCUGCGGCAAGCCCACAAAGAGUUUAACUGGAAAUUGAGGGCUUUGAAGCAAAGAAACAGGGAGUACCGAAACGCUGUGCAUUCGUACCGAUCAAAGAUAAAAAGCCUGAAAUCGGCAAACCAAGAAAUGCAUGCUGAAGCUGGUCCUGUAAAACAGAGUGUGCACCCAGACAUACACAAGGAGUUUCAGGACGAGCUGAAGAAGUUAAGAAGGCAACAACUUGAGUUUCGCUCAUUGCUCGAACUGCCUCCUGCCCUUCCAGGGAAUGCUGGCUCCUUGUGUCGCCCAAACGACCGAAGCUGGUGGAGCAUUUCAGAAUUGAAAGAAAAGCUGGAUCGGUUAGACAUGCAGCAGUGCCAACAGAUGGAUCAGAUGAUCACACUGGUGAAGAAGCUCAGUACAGUCACACAUCAAAGUCCACCCAGCAGUAUUGACAUCUCAUCGUUGUCAAGACGCAGUUGUAGUUCCAAAUCAAGCAGCGCAUCAAAGGAACACCAUCACUCAUCUAAAAAUGAGAUGUCUGCUCAUCUGAAAUGACACAGGACAUAGCCUUGGAAUCACAGAUAAUAUAUAUUUAUCACUUUAUGUUACAAUUUGUACAUCAACAUGAAAAUAAUUAUUCUUCUAUAAAACCCUGCGUA